GAAGGGAGAGCUGCGGCUGGACGGACGCCACUCAGCUCCUCAGCUCCUCACACCCAGCAGACGCAUGCACGAGCAGCCUGCAUCACGGUGCAUGGAGAGAAUAUGAUAUUUGAUCAAGUAAGUUCCAUCUUUAGGCUCACCUGACCCGCUGGCUGCAGAAAACGCCCAAAGACGCCGUGGAGUGGGAGCCUUUUUUUUUUUUUUUUUUCCCCCUGCGCGCGUAUCCAUGGCAUCAGAUUUGUAAAUCCGCGGCGCAGCGGGCGCGUUAUCCGUGGACUCUUGUGUUAAUAAAAAAAGGAAUGUGAAUUUACGCCCCGCAAUUCAACUCUCCCGGAAAAGUCGGCAUGGAUCCACUGAACGCCAGCGGGAUGGACGCGUUCACGGUGAUCCAUCUCAAUUCCUCCUGGAGCUCGGACAGUGGAUAUUCUUUCGCGGCGAUUGCCAGCAUUGCUGCACUCGUAAGUUUCCUAAUUCUUUUCACCGUGGUUGGGAAUAUUCUGGUGGUGAUUGCUGUGUUAACGAGCAGAGCGCUGAAAGCGCCCCAGAACCUUUUUUUGGUGUCUCUGGCCACGGCGGACAUCCUGGUGGCCACUUUGGUGAUGCCCUUUUCUCUGGCGAAUGAACUCAUGGGCUACUGGUACUUUGGGAAGGUUUGGUGCGGUAUUUAUUUGGCUUUGGAUGUUUUGUUUUGCACUUCCUCCAUCGUGCAUCUGUGCGCAAUCAGCCUGGACCGGUACUGGUCCGUUACGCAGGCUGUAGAGUACAACCUGAAGCGGACUCCCAAGCGCAUCAAGGGCAUCAUCCUCAUUGUGUGGCUUGUGUCUGCGUUCAUCUCCUCCCCUCCUCUUAUUUCUAUAGACAGCAACAAGGACUCCAGCUCCCAGCCUCAGUGCGAGCUCAAUGAUGACACUUGGUACAUUCUUUCCUCCAGCACCGCAUCUUUCUUCGCCCCCUGCCUGAUAAUGAUCCUGGUGUACAUCAGGAUAUACCAGGUGGCCAAAACUAGAACCAGAACGAUGUCGGGGAAAAAAAACAGACCUGAUAGUUUUACACACACUGAAAACGGGCUGAGCAAAGCGUCCCCUCCUUUCCCCGGGGAGAGGGAGAACGGUCACUGGCCCGGUCAGUGCCCGCCUGGCACGCCCAGCAAGCACGCAGUAGCCAAAGGCCACCAGACUGACGCCGACAUGGAGGACAGCUCCUCCUCAGAGGGCAAAGGCCACAAGCCCCAUCACCAGGACUCCCAGAGAGCAAAGAAGGCCAGCCAAAAGAAAAGCUCCCUCUCCAAACACUCCACUCGCCUCUCCAGGGCCAGCAGCAAGUCCAUGGAUCUCUUCGCCUCCAGGAGGAAGCGUCGCCGGAGCUCCCUGGCCAGAAAAAAGGUCUCUCAAGCGAGAGAGAAGAGGUUUACGUUCGUCCUGGCCGUCGUCAUGGGGGUGUUUGUCGUGUGUUGGUUUCCCUUCUUCUUUAGCUACAGUCUGUACGGGGUGUGCAGGGAAUCCUGUAAGAUCCCCGACCCGCUCUUCAAGUUCUUCUUUUGGAUUGGCUACUGCAACAGCUCCCUCAACCCGGCCAUUUACACCAUUUUCAACCGGGAUUUCAGACACGCCUUCCAGAAGAUCCUUUGCAAGUCCUGGAAAAAGUCCUCCUAAGAUGUUGGAGGAGAACAUAUCAAAAUGAACCGUGUUUAAUACUGCCACUUUGUCAUGCCUCAUCGUCCUAUCGUACGUCCAUUCUGUUAGAGAACGUCAUGAACCAGCUGAAUUCAACAUGCACUCUGUUUCCAUUACAGGCUCCUGAAAGGCUUUCCCACAACUGAUUGAUUGCUGCCAUUCUUUAUUUCCCACACAGAUAUGAUGUAAUGCUUUAAGAGUGUAUUAUCAAUGAAAAAGCUCUCUACGUCCACAGAAUAUACACAUGGCCACUCUAUCUGCAGGAAGACAAUAAAAUAAGA